CAGUCACCCUUGGGCAUUGAGAGGGGGAGGUUAUGUGUCUCGCUUCUCCACCCUCUCAGUGAUUGGGUCGACUUGUGCCUUACCCUAGUGCCUUAACCUGACCUUUUGUGACCUUCGUGUGACCUCUGCUUCCAUCCCCGGCUGCCUCAAGUUACCUGUCUUCCUUCUACACCUGUACCUGCCUGGAAUUUGAUUAGCAGUUACUGAAGCGAAUUAUAAUAAAGAAAAAAAAAGAAAGAUUCGUGUUUUGGAAUGAAGUGAAGCCAAAUGAAACUGUCUCGACUCGUCCUGUGAAGCUUCAGUUCGAAUCCUCAUUGAGUUUUGAAGCCGGAAGUGUUGCUGAAGUGUUGUGGUGUUGUGUUGUAAUGUGAUACUAACAAACUCCCUUCAGAAACACUUGAAACACUCGUUAUUGUGUUCCUGUGUUGUGUUGCUGGCUUCCUCUUCUUCUUCCUCUUGUGUCUGGUGUUGCUAUGUGUUGUGUUGGUGUUUCGAAGCCCCAAGUGUUGCUCUGUUUGUGUUGCGGAUGGAUUCUUGUGUUACUAAUUUGUGUUGUGUAAAUUUGAGGUGAUUCUGUAUUCUAAAGUUGUGUUCGCUUGUGUUGCUGAUCCCUUAAACAUAAACCCUACCAGAUUUUGUGUUGCGGAAGUUGUGUUACUGCAAUGAAUACAAGAUUUUUUUAAGUACAAACAGCCAACGUGUGAAUUACUGGACAGUUUGAGUUGCAAAUUGUGUUGUGGGCUUGUGUUCUGCAAAUAUUACACUGAAACCUUGAAAAACACUGCUCUUUAGAACACUGUGUUGCUGAAAAUUUCUUAUACAUCACUGUAAGGCAAUACUGGACAACCAACACCACCAAACACCAUUGAGUUGAGUGCUAAAAGUUUGUGUUGCCGAAAAAUUGUGUUACUGAAGUUUGUGUUGCUGGAAGCUUGUGUUGCACUGGGAUGUGGUGCAAGUAUACGGUUAUUCUGCAGUGUUGGAUGAUCUUGAGUUGCUUCAGUGUGUUGCUGGGACCCCAAGUUUUGUGUUGCGUUGGUCUGACUGGCUAGAUUUUGUGUUGCUGAAGUAUUGUGCGUCUAAAAUCUUGUGUUACUGGAAAUUUGUGUGUCUGAAAUCUUGUGUUACUGGAAAUUUGAGUUGCUGGAAUAUUGUGUUGCUGAGUUUUUGUGCCCUUUGAAUUUUGUUUAGGCAUUUUUUGGGCUUUCUAGAAUCUUGUAUUACUGGAAAUUUGUGUUGCUGGAAUAUUGAGUUGUUGGAAAACUGUGUCACGUCAAGUUUGUGUUGCUGGAAUUUUGUAUCACUUCAUUUUUGUCUCCUGGAAUCUUGUCUCUUUGAAAUAUUGUGUCUCUGGAAUCUUAUGUCCCUGGAAUCUUGAGACCCUGGAAUACUGUGUUGCUGGAAGACCUACAACACCAGAAAACACCCUCAAAACCAGUGGUGUUGAGUUGCCAUAGCCCUGAAGUCUCUUAUCGCCUCUUAUCGCCUUGUGUUGCCUCGUAUUGCCUUGCCUUGUAUUGCCUUGCCUUGUGUUGAGGAGGACAAGGAACUGGAAGCAUGGCAGUGUUGGCGUGGAUGUCUCGUAGAGUGUUUCAUGUGUUCCUGACGAGGGUGUGGUUGACUCUCCUCCAGGGGGCGCUGCAGAGCUACGCAUAUACAGCUCCCCUGAUAUGGCGCAGGUUCAGUGCAACAACAAUUUCGCGUACCACGGGCUGGGCUCAGGUGACGGGCGGGCUGAUCUCCCCGUGUUAGAGGACAGUUUUACGUUUGACAUGGAGGACGAAGAUGACACAAAUUUGCCUCGAGUGGAAGGAUCUGGUAUACACUUUGAGGAGUCGCCGCCCCCCCUGCCCCCGCCGCCCCCUCCUGGUGGCUGCGACGAGAGCCACUGCCAGGACAUGGGCUUGGCGGCGUGCAGGGGCGUGGAGUGGCGCCUGGCACUGUACCCAAACCUGCUGGGACAAGGACCGAAGGAGGCAGAAGCGACGGCAGUCAAAUUCUGGUACCAAAUAAAUGCAUUCGAAUGUAGUCAGGAAUUUCGGUUCGUGGUGUGUUCAUUGCUGGCUCCUCCCUGCCGCCCUGGUGUCGCCGCGCCCCUGCCACCCUGCCGCGAGGUGUGUGAGGCAGCGGUGCACCAGUGUCUACCCAUAAUGCAGCGGAACCUUUUCACCUGGCCGGAAGACACGUUUACUUGUGACAUGUUGCCGUACCACCGUGAAGCACUGUGUUUGAGGUACCAUCAGGGCGAAGUGCUGUAUCCUGAGAGGUACAAGGCGCAAUGUACCACCAUCACUUCCUAUGACUAUGACUACACCACCGAGUCACGAGUGGUCGGUGCUGACUCAACGCGUGACGGAGAGUACUAUGGCGAUGACUACGAUGACUAUGACUAUCAGGAAGGUUCAGGAUGGUUCACUACUACUGCUACUGCGCCUACUACGCCGUCUCCAUCCGUCACUGCUCUGCCUAAGGUUAUAUUCGCCUCCACCCCUCCCCCCAUCACCCCAUCCCUCUCCCCACGCACCCUCUCCCCCCGAGGUGAUGAGGCGGGGUAUCUCCUCUCCAGCGGGGUUGUCAAUGACUUCCCGGUGCGUGGACCCAAGGGAGAGAAGGGCGACGCAGGACCCAAGGGACCACCGGGGGAAGCCAUAACAGGUCCCCCAGGGCGGCCAGGACCCCCGGGAGCACCAGGACCACCCGGGAGGAGCUUCCCUUACAGGCCUGAUGAUGACACUAUGGUGGACUCGGAGUGGAGUGGGUGGAGAGGGGCGCCCGACUGCUCCUGCAACACAACUCACCUGGUGGCGUCUGUUUUAGCCCAGAUUCCACACGGGCCGCGGGGACCAGUGGGCAACCCCGGGCGUGACGGCGCAGCGGCACCGGGCAAACCAGGACGUCCCGGGCCCCCAGGGGAACGUGGAGCCCCUGGGGAGAAGGGGGACAAAGGAGAUAGAGGUUACCAAGGCAGGCGAGGCAUCGAGGGACCACAAGGAGCCAAGGGUGUGUCGGGGCUGGAUGGUCCCCCCGGGGCUAGAGGAUCCCAGGGACCCCAGGGACCACCGGGGCAGCCUGGGUGGGGGACUCCUGGAUUUGAUUUAGAAAACGGGAUGUCUCGUGCCCCAGCCCGCCCCGGUACCCCAGGCGCCCCCGGGGGAAAGGGAGAAUCAGGUGCCCCGGGGGAGAGAGGACCCCGUGGGCACCCUGGGAACAAAGGAAUGAAGGGGGAGGCAGGACAACCGGGGGAGAAGGGGGAGGAGGGGUCGCCAGGGAGGAGGGGGUCCCCGGGGGCUAAGGGUGAGCCUGGUGCCCCUGGGAUCAAUGGAACCCCUGGUGGUGCUGGUGUCUAUCCUGACCAGGGGCUGAAGGGGGAGAAAGGUGAGAAGGGGAGCCCAGGUCGGGGACUACCUGGACCUCCGGGGCUGCCUGGCAAACUCACUGAAGAUGACAGAGCAGACAUGUUUAAGAAGCUUCUGGAGAGACUGGUGAACAAAAAUUUCGUGAGUGGCCACCCUGAGGAAGGCAUCAGCGUGUGGGACACCAGUGGGGGCCUGCCUUGGGUUGGAGAAAACGAUGACGAAGAAUUGAGCAGAGCGGAAGGAUCGGGAGGCGUUCAGUAUUUCCCAUUUCAUCCAGAGGAAGGGCGGCGUCUCCGUGGUCCCCCAGGUCCCCCAGGACUGCCAGGACCCCAAGGGAUAGAAGGGACCCAGGGGCUGAUGGGACCCCCGGGGGAGAAGGGGGAGAUAGGACCCCCCGGCCACCCUGGUAUGGACGGCUUACCUGGACAAAAGGGAAUGAAGGGAGAGCCGGGGGUACCAGGCCACUACGGCGCCCCAGGACCAGUGGGACCCAUGGGGCUGAAAGGCGAGCGAGGUCCCCCUGGUGUGUCUGGCCAGGUGUCAACUCUUGUCCUGCCUGACGGUUCCAAUGUUACUGUGGUCAAGGGUGACAGAGGAGAGAGAGGGCGACGGGGGAGGCGAGGCAGAAGAGGACCACAAGGACCCCCGGGACCCACAGGGGAGCUGGGACUUCCUGGCUGGCCGGGUGCUCCGGGGCGGCCAGGUCCCCCAGGUCCCCCCGGGGUGGGAAUCAAGGGCGACCCCGGACCUCCAGGACCCCCAGGACCACCAGCCCCAACACCCCCGCCUGGCAUCCUCAACGGCAUCCUGGGUAGCAGCAGCUCUGACGUGGCCGAGGGGCGGGAGGGUCCUCCAGGUCCCUCCGGCCCCCGCGGUCCUAUAGGCCCGGAAGGACCCUCAGGGACCCCAGGCCCCCAGGGACCCCAGGGACCUCAGGGACCCCAGGGACCCAUGGGACCACAGGGGCCACAGGGACCACCAGGGCAACCAGGAGCAACGGGAGCCACUGGGCCCCAAGGGAAGGAGGGACCCCCGGGUGACUCUGCCCCUGCGGAGAGUGCCCACGGCUACAUCCCCGUACCAGGUCCCCCAGGCCCCCCUGGACCACCUGGGCCACCGGGUCCAAGAGGCAGCCCCGGGCCCAGAACCAAGACACCAGAGGCCCCCGGCACCUUAGGAGGCUCCCCGCCCACCCCAGCCAGCCAGGGGGUGCCACAUAGAGGGGGAAGCUUCGGUGGCAUUGACGAGCUGCGCCGCAUCACAGGACUCAGGGGAAACAGAGGUCAGGAGGGAGGGUCUCUGGUGGUGCCUGGAGCCGUCACUUUCAUGAACAGAGCAGCUAUGUUGAAGAUGAGUGAUAUGUCUCCAGUGGGCACCCUCGCCUUCCUACUGGACGAGGAGGCGCUGCUGGUGCGGAUCACGAUGGGCUGGAGGAUGGUCAAUUUGGGUUUAGUGAUCGCAGCGCCAGUCACCACACCCCCACCACCCACCACCACAACGCCCCCGCCCACCACCACACUCCCUCCCUUCGUGGCGGGCACCCCUUCCCUGCAGGUCCAUUCCCUUCACAAUAACAAGGAGGGGCCAAAGCUACGCCUGGCCGCCCUCAACCAGCCGUACACCGGAGACAUGAGGGGCGUGACGGGCGUGGACUACACCUGCUAUCGUGAGGCGCGGCGGGCGGGGCUGAGCGGAACCUUUAGGGCUUUCCUCACCUCCAGGAUCCAGAACCUUGACUCUAUUGUUAGGAGAGACGACGCUAACUUACCUGUCGUCAAUAUUAAGGGGGAGGUUCUCUUCAACACCUGGCGCGGGAUAUUCUCAGGUGAUGGCGGUCGCUUCAUGCAGAAACCGAGAAUAUUCAGCUUCGAUGGCAAGGAAGUACUGACGAGCCCUGAGUGGCCACAGAAAUACAUAUGGCACGGAUCUGACAUUGAGGGGGGGAGAGCCUUGUCCUCUUUCUGCGACGCUUGGCACAGUGACUCAAGGGACGUGGUUGGGCUGGCGUCCUCUCUCCAACAAAACCACCUCUUGUCGCAGGAGAAACACGGCUGCCACAACUCCUUCAUUGUGCUGUGUAUUGAAGCCACAAGUCACGCGUACAAGAGCUCUGGGGGAAGGAGGAGAAGACACGCAGGAAAGGCGGAGCAGGAUAUGAGUGAAGAAGAAUAUUUUGAAGUGCUGAGUGCUUUAGAAGACGUGUGAAAAGGGUCGUGUGUGGUUUUAUGGAAGAUUUAGCUAAGGAGAUGUGUGAAGUGUCUAUUGUGUUUUGUAUAGGUGUGCGGGAAGGUAAGGGUGAGUUUUUUGGGUUGGUUUUGUGUGGUUAUUGAAAGAAGGUCAAGAGAAGGAAAGAAUGUCUAGCUUUAUCUCUCUCUCUCUCUCUCUCUCUCUCUCUCUCUCUCUCUCUCUCUCUCUCUCUCUCUCUCUCUCUCUCUCUCUCUCUCUCUCUCUCUCUCUCUCUCUCUCUCUCUCUCUCUCUCUCUCUCUCUCUCUCUCUCUCUUCUGUGUUUUGAAAAUCUGUGAGAGAAGACCAGUGAUUUUUUGUGUGUGUGUGUUUAUUGAAAGAAGGUAAGGAAAAUGAAAGAAUGUCUAGUUUUUU